UGUUAUUAUGGGGGGAAAUCGGUGAGCUUCUUAGCAAAUAUGGGGUUUGAAUAAUACAGAAAUUUGUCCUAAACCCUUUAUCCGUUUCUUUACUAGAUUGAUUGUGAAAGGCUUAAGAGUUUUUCGUCUGUUCCCUUGGAAGUUGGAACUUGGAACGCGGCUUGCAACGAUGGUCCAAGAAGCUGAAGAGCAGAGAAGCUCCGCUACAGUUACGGAGGAGAGAGGAGAUGAAUCCGAUAGAGGUACGAAGCGUUGCCGUGAUGAUGAACCGAACGCCGGUGCCGUUAGCGAAGCUCAUCCAGAUUCGGCGGCGGAUCACCAGUCGCUAAAGCGUAUCGCGAAAGCUCAGGAUGUGUUGUUCAGGAUAGUCGUCCCUACGGGGCAGAUAGGGAAAGUGAUUGGUAGAGGAGGUUGUCGAAUCCAAAAAGUCAGAGAAGAGACUGGGGCCAUGAUUAAGAUUGCAGAUGCUAUUCCUCCAUAUGAAGAGCGUGUAAUCAUUAUCAGUUCUGUGGACAAUGAUAGCCAGGUUUCUGAUGCAGAAAAUGCACUUCAUCAUAUAGGCAGGGUUAUUCUCAUGGAUGAUGAUGUCAGUGUUGUUGCAUCAGUUGGUGUAGGACCGGUUGCUGUCAAAAUGAUUCGGUUGCUGAUUGCAGGGUCACAAGUAGGUUCUGUGAUUGGGAUAUCUGGACAGAAUAUAGAGAAAUUAAGGAAUUCAUCUGGCACCAAUAUCAUGAUUUUUGCUCAAAAUCAGUUCCCCUUAUGUGCUUCUAAUGAAUCUGAUCGCUUGGUGCAGAUAACAGGUGAUGUUGCAGGAGUACUGAAGGCCUUGGUGGAAAUUGGCUGUCUAUUGAGGGCAAAUCCACCCAGAAGAGUUGUUUCAGCCAGACCGGCGUACAACUUUAACUCAAAUCAACCGUAUAUGGCCCCAGCUUCAGCUGAUUAUGUAACCUUGGAGAUGAUGGUUCCGGAGACGAUGGUUGGUGGUUUGAUCGGCAAGUGUGGCUGCAACAUUUCAAAGAUCAGAACUGAGUCUGGAGCAACGAUCAAGGUUGCUGGUGCAAGGGGUGAACAAGCUCAGAGGUUAAUCCAACUCGCUGGUAGUGCACAACAGGUAGCGUGGGCGAAGAAGUUGAUUGAUGAAUACAUCUAUUCACAAGCAUUAUUACAGCUGAGACGUCAAUAAUGCCUUUGUUUUUCUCUCGAUUGGUUGCUCACUCAUUUCUUUUGUGUUUUCAUUUCUAGUAGCCUUUUUUGAUUAAUGUCUUGUAGCUUAUACUAGAUCACAACCAUACCGAUAGAAACCAUACACUUAUUGAUCAUCUUUCUGUCUGGCAGUUGACAGGGUUUUCGAGUUUAUAUGUAAUUCGGCAGACAACAGAUGUUAUCACUCAACUGUUUCUGAGAAUCUUGUUGCUGAUUGUAAAUAUUUUCACAUUCUUAUGAUUUGCACUGUUUUGAGUCUCGAACCUGAUCAAGGUUUAGGUUUAAAUGUAUUCUCUUACAGCUAUUCAAUAAGCCAUAGACCUCUAUAAUUCUAUA